AUGAACAAAAAUGGAACAGCUAAAAUGAAUGAUAAUCAAAUAAGAGCCGAAGGUAGAAGGUUAUUUAAACGCUUCUAUAACAUUCCUGAUGGUGUUAAUCCUAAAACUCGUAGAAGUUAUUUAAAUGAAGCCAUAGAUGCAUAUGAAGGAUUUGACAUUUCAUCAGAAAGUGAGAGGUUAGCAAGAAUGUUAAAUGUUAAUAUUGAUUUCUAUUAUUGUGAUCCUCAACCAGAAGACGUAGACAUUAACAAGGUAGACUUUCCAUUAGUGGAAUCAAUAAUGAUAGAUCCAGAAUUUGAAACAGUAAAUAUUUUAUUAACACAGAGUCCAUGUGGAAAACUUCACGCUGACAGAAUAACAGACGUUGAAGCACUCACCGGCUAUAGAGUUUGCCCAUAUUUUAAAGAAGAAGUUUAUUCUAUCCGUGAUGAUCCAGAAAGGAAAAACCAAAGAAGAUUUUUAAAACAUUGUGAGAAAUGUAAAGAAAAUAAUGGAAGAUUAAUUCAAGACGUUCAAUUGCAAAACACACAACAACCAUAUGCACCACAUAUUACGAAACAGAAGAUAUAUCAAUGGCUAUUAGCACAUAAUUUGCAGGAAUAUUAUAAACCAACAAGAUAUUAUAUUACUUUUGACUUCGAAACAUUAGAGACUAAAGAAGAAUUACAACUUUCUGAGUGUGCAACUUUAAACGCUUACUUAAAACCAUUCAUGGUAUCAUCAACGGUUAAAUUAAACGAUAAAACAUAUACGAGGAAUUUUUGCUUAACUUCGAGUGAUUCUUUUAUUUCUGAUUGGAUUGAGUUUUUAUUUUCAACCUGUUCAUUAGUUGCUAAAUCAAAUAUUGAACAAUAUGAAGAAUUAAUGAAGUCGCAAACAUUAAAUGAAAAACAGAAGGAAGCAUUUAAAGAGCUUUUAGAUGAAGAAUUUAAUAAAGUGAAUAUCAUAGGUUUUAAUUCGGGAAAGUUUGAUUUAAAUUUAAUUCUUCGUGAUUUAAACACUGCAAAAUGGAAAAUAAAAUCAAUGCUGGGUUCAUCUUCACAAUUUAAGCAAAUCAUUGUAAAGAAAACAAACGUUCCAUAUGAAUUGAGAUUUAUUGACAUCAGAAAUUAUAUAGCGGGUGGGACAUUAGACCAAUUCACUCAAGAUUUCGGAAAUAAUAAAACACGUGUUAAAUCCUUUUUCCCUUAUCAAUUCAUCACAUGGGAAAAUUACGAAGAUGAAUUAUAUAAAAAGGAACCAUUCACUCAAGAUUCAUUUUAUUCAGCAUUAACACAAGAAACAAUAUCCGAUUCAGAUUAUCAAAUAUAUCUCAAUGAUGCUAAAAACUUUAAGAAUAGAUUAGAAUAUUUUAUUCAUUAUUGCAAUAAAGAUGUUGAAAUUAUGAUUGACCCAAUUGAUAAAAUUAUUGAAGAAACAUUUGUUUAUAAAAUUGAUAUGCUUCAUAAUCUUUCUUUAUCAUCGAAUGCAUCAAUGAUUCGUUACGCGUUAGCAUAUAAGAACUUCAAUCCUAACGAAACAUAUCCAGAAGAAGAAAAUGUGGAAUCAAGUUUUGAAUUAACAAAAAA